AUGCAUCACUGGCUACCACCUAUCACUGGUUACCACCCAUCACCUGCUACCACCCAUCACUGGCUACCACCCAUCACUGGCUACCACCCACCACUGGCUACCACCCAUCACUGGCUACCACCCAUCACUGGCUGUGACCGGUCACUGGCUGUCACCAAUCACUGGCUACUACCCAUCACUGGCUACCACGCAUCACUAGCUACCACACAUAACUGGCUACCACCCAUCACUGGCUACCACCCAGCACUCACUACCACCCAUCACUGGCUACCAGCCAUCACUGGCUACCACCCAUCACUGGCUACCACCCAUCACUGGCUAUUACCCAUCGCUGGCUACCACCCAUCACUGGCUAUCACCCAUCACUGGCUACCACCCAUCACUGGCUACCACCCAUCGCUGGCUACCACCCAUCACUGGCUACCACCCAUCACUGGCUACCACCUAUCACUGGUUACCAUACCACCCAUCACUGACUACCACCCAUCACUGGCUACCACCCACCACUGGCUACCACCCAUCACUGGCUACCACCCACCACUGGCUACCACCCAUCACUGGCUACCACCCAUCACUGGCUACCACCCAUCACUGGCUACCACCCAUCACUGGCUACCACCCAUCACUGGCUACCACCCAUCACUGGCUACCACCCAUCACUGGCUACCACCCAUCACUGGCUACCACCGAUCACUGGCUAUCACUGAUCACUGGCUUUCACUGAUCACUGGCUAUCAUUGA